AUGUUCGGGUUUGAUAUUGUGGUUACAGAAACGACGGCCGUUGAGCUAGAAGUUGAUCCCGCGGUUGCCGAUACAUAUUACUCCGAUAGUGAAGAAGAAUAUGGCGCGGAUACAACGAGGACGUUUCAUGAAGAUAAAGAUACAAAAUAUAAAUUACCUAUCGAUAAGUUCGAACAAGAUAGAUUAGAUCUUCAGCACCAGAUGCUGAAAGCUAUGCUGGAUGAAAACAUAUUCUUAGCACCCAUAAAUCCAGAAAAGGUGAAGCAUGUCCUAGAUGUUGGGACUGGACAUGGGAUAUGGGCAGUUGAAUUUGCUACUGAGUACCCAAAUACGCAAGUCAUUGGAACCGACCUUAGCCCUUCGACACGUGAAAGUACACCCGAAAAUUGCAAAUUCGUUGUUGCUGAUGCCGAAGAAACUUGGGACUUUGAACAAGAAUUUGAUUUCAUCCACAUGCGUGAUCUGAUGAUGUGUUUCACUGACCAGAAAGAGGUCUUCAGAUCGGCUUAUAAUGCUCUUGCGCCUGGCGGUUAUUUCCAGAUUCUUGAUGCGAAACUGCCGCUAGAUGCCAUUGACGACUCAAUGGAAAGUAGUGGAAUUGCCAAAUGGUUCCAGACAUGCGUUGAAGCUGCCGAGGUCGGCAAAAGACCUUGGACUAAUAUUCCCAAAUACAUGGAGUGGUUGGAAGAUAUUGGGUUCGAAGAGGUAACAGAGACAAUCUACCACAAUCCGAUAAAUGAUUGGCCGAUAGGAGCAAAAGAGAAGAGAAUUGGUGCAUUUAUGCAAAAGGACAUAAAGCGAUGGCUGUAUUCAACCGCGCGGACUGUAGUAGAGGGAACAAAUAUGGAUGAGGCAGAGGUCAAGGAAUUACUUCUCAGCGCAAAGGAAUCUGGGAGGAAUAGGAAUAUCCACGCAUAUAUUCCUGUUUAUGUUGUAUGGGGUAGAAAGCCCUUCCCGAACGAAACAUGA